AUUCGAGAAUUACAAAUUACGAGAUACGGAUUAGUCUGACUUUUCUCUGGGCUUUCUAUUCAUUACGACUUUCUCUGAAUUACUUAGAUUUCGUUUCCAUGGCAGUUGGGCUCGACUCCGUUCCUGCUUUAGUAGGAUAUCGUUUGGCAUUUCACUCAUCUUAUUCAUCGCUUUCUUCUUGUUCCAUUUCUGUGCUCCGGUGGCCAGAAAAUGGCGGGAAGGGGUUCCCUCGGAGCAGUGGUCGGAGGUCGAGUUUGGGAGGUUGCAGAGCGAUGGUUCAACAGACAUCAGUACAGGGAGCUUCGGCGGCUUAUGCCAAAGCAAUGGAGAGGCUUUCUGCUAAGGAAUCUCUACUUCUGGCUCUUAAGGAUUCUGGAGGCCUUGAAGCACUGGCUACUGGAAAAACAACAGAUAUGCAGCGAAUUGAUGUGAAUGAGAGAAUCACUGGUCUUGAGAGGCUUAAUCCGACAUCUCGACCUACAACGUCACCCUUUUUUGAAGGGCGAUGGAAUUUUGAGUGGCUGGGGACUGGAAGCCCGGGUUCAUUUGCUGCAAGAUCUAUUUUGGAGAUAUUUCCCUCAGCUUUGGCAAAUUUAUUAGGGUUGGAUGUGGUGAUUAAGGAUGGAUAUGCAAAGACUACUGCAAAUAUUAAGCUUUUAAAUACGAUAGAAAGCAAAUUCAUUCUGUCCAGCAAGUUAUCUGUUGAGGGACCACUUCGCAUGAAAAUUGAGUAUGUUGAAGGACUUUUUGAAACUCCAACGGUAAGGGAAGAGGCAGUACCAGAACAGCUAAAAGGUGUAUUUGGCCAAGCAGUCAGCACACUGCAGCAGAUUCCGGUGCCAAUUAGGGAUGUUAUGUCCAAUGGGCUAAGUCUUCCUCUCGGUGGGACUUUCCAGAGACUGUUUAUGAUUUCUUAUCUUGAUGAAGAAAUACUUAUAAUAAGGGAUACCAGUGGAGUACCCGAUGUUCUUACUAGGCUGGAUGAGCCUCCUUCCCCCAUGGCAGAAUCCAGCGUGGAGUAUGAGAGCUAGGUGAAGAAAAAUAAUAAUCAAUUUAAGUCCUUCAAUUUUCUUUUAGUGAGAUUCGAAAGCUGCCCAGAUUUUAAUGUGAAUGUACUUUUGUAUGAUGCAAUUCUGUAAUCUAUUGCAAGUGAUUUAUACCAUUUUUUGAUCA